AAGCAGCUGUCAACGACAGUGUUCGAUGCGCCGUCUAUGUUACGCGAUGUGGCGUCGACGAUCCGUCAGGAAGCUCUGUGGAAUGACUUAUUCUGACCAUAUUCUGACUACUGAAUGUCUCAAGACCCGCCUCGCGCCCGCCACUAGUCGCGAGCGCAUUGAUCGUUCUCUAUGAAGGAGAUGCCAAGCCUCUGCGGACCCUUGUCGUUACGGCUCUGCUCAUAUGGGACGGAUACAAGAAGGUUAUAGCUCGGGUCCGCGGUUCUGUUACCCUCUUUCAGCUUCUUUCUCUGUAUCAUAGCCUCGGCCCACAUUCUAUCCUCUAUUAUGUCGUCCGACAGUGAUGUUGCUGCCGAACUAGCUGACGUCGUGUACAAUCUUGAGCUUGGCUACGUACAAAACUACUGUGCGGUUGCGACGACAGCACUCAUAUUCUACGAACAUUUAUGCACGCUACCCCAAGAGAUCGAACGUGAUUUGGAACCGCAAGAAGACUGGCGCCACAUUACUAUUCCUACUCAAUCGGAUCGCUACGGCAGGUCUCGGCUUGCGAUGAUACUCACAAUGCCUAACUGGGGAACUGCACUCACCUCUAUUGAUGUGAUGGAACGAAACAGCUGCAAAACCGUGAACUUGCUGUUGCCGAGCUUUCAGCUCCUGUUGUCCAUGAUCUGGGCAGCAUUCUCGGCCCUGCGCGUCUUUGCUGUCAGCGGUCGGAAUUGGCGUCUCGCCAGCUUCGUAUUUGCCCUGAGUAUGGUGCCAGUUGGCACAAACCUCGCGAGCGACAUCCGGGAGACAUACGCCAUCAUCGAGGUGCCGUGGUAUGGCCCUGCCUGCGACCUCACUUCUCUCCUAUCAGCGAAGACUAGCCUAACUUUGCUCAUCUUGACUCGCGCAUGCCUUAUAGCAGCGGACGUGUUUGUCCUUGCCGUGACCUGGAGGAACACAUACAAGAUCAAGAAAGAAGCUAGCGUCAUGAACAUGAGGACACCCACUAUAACUCUGCUCUUGAGAGAUGGUGCCAUGCUGCUGGUCCUGAAUGUCUUACACUUGGCCUUAGAGAUCACCAACGUACACAUGACCGACGACAUGGCUGGCUCGGAACCGUCCUUCAUCGCUUCUCGCGCUUCAGGGCUGAGAUUCGCCUCCGCGGUCGUAGGCAAUCUGGGCGAGCACCUGGAACACGGUCAAACCAUGUCCGGUUCAGCAGUGUUCCAGGAUACAUAUGCAGAGACCGAAGACGGUUCGGACUCUGACGAUAUAGAAACACCUCGCGAUCAGUGGGCUCCGGACUCAAAGCCGUAUGAAGAGGAAAGACCUUCGUCGCAGGGCGAUGAAGGCAUCGCUACGUCAGCUUGACCUAUUACGACAUCCUACACCAGAUGGCCCUUGCAUAUGUAACAUUACUACCGCACACCUUCGUAUAUCAUACACGUAUCCCGGCACUGGUGCCGUAC